CUUCUCUCUCUCUAAAUUUCUAUUAACUCUCGUUCCUCUCAUACUCUCUCUUGCUUAUUUCUGUUUUCCCUCACAGGGAAAAUGGAAUGGUGAGAAAAUACGAACCUUUCACAGCAAUUCAUGGCUACUUCUUCUUCUUCGUGUCCGGAGAGAAGAGAGAAGAAGCAUUGGUGGUGGCUUAGCAAACACAAGAUCGCUGAAAAUUAUGUGAGAGAAGCCAGAUGCCUAAUCGCGACAUGGAACCACACCGACAUUGCGUUGGCCAUAAACAUUCUCGAUUCGGCUCUUCUUCUCUCUCCUACUCUCGAUCUAGCGAUGGAACUCAAAGCACGAUCUCUGAUUUAUCUUCGCCGUUUUAAGGAAAUCGCUGAUAUGCUUCAGGACUACAUUCCCAGUCUGAGCCUCAGAUUCGACGAGGAUGAUGACUCCUCAAUGUCCUCCGGAACCGGAACCGGAACCACAUCUUCGCCUCCGCACACCGAUCAAUCGUUAUUCAAGUGCUUCUCAAUCUCGGAUUUGAAGAAAAAUAAGAUUUUCACCAGUCUGUCGAAUAAGCGCGGCGGCAGCAAGGAAGGACAAUGGAGGUAUUUAGUUUUGGGACAGGCAUGUUUUCACUUGGGACUAAUGGAAGACGCUAUGUUACUCCUCCUUACCGGAAAACGUCUAGCCGCAGAAGCGUUCCGUCAAGAGAGCAUUUCCUGGACGGAAGACAACUUCUAUCUAUCCGUAUUACAAACCUAUGAUGGCAAACAGAAGCCGCCAUUACCACCGAAGACAGAAUCCGAAACUAUUUCCCAGCUUCUUUCAAACGUAAAGUUCCUGAUCCGCCGCAAGACGGCCGCCGUCGCUGCCCUUCACGCCGGAUUACACUCAGAAGCCGUCCGUCACUUGACAAAGCUAGUUGAAGGUCGCCGCAAUGCGCCACAAGGGUUCUUAAUCCUCGUAGAGUGUUACGUUCACAGGGCUUCUGCCUACAAGUCGCUUGGUAGAAUCGCAGAAGCAAUUGCAGAUUGUAAUAAAGCCCUAGCAUUGGAUCCUACAUCCAUGGAAGCAUUAAGCAUAAGAGCUUCUCUAUUCGAAACGAUUGGAUGCUUCAUUGAAAGUCUACAAGAUCUUGAACAGAUGAAACUGCUUUACAAUUCAAUUCUGAGUGAUGGACGUCUUCCCGGACCUGCUUGGAAGCCACAAACGGUUCAAUGCAGAGAAGUCAUAGGAAGGGUAUGUUGUUUAACCACGAAAAUACAAAAAUUGAAACAGAGAGGAGUUUCGUCGGUGGGAGAAAGUGGGAAUAUUGUGGAUUACAAUGUGUUGAUGGGAUUGAGAAGAGAUGGGUGUUCACGGUCGGAGAUAGAGAGAGCCCAGUUGCUGCUAUCGCUGCGGCACAAGCCUGAGAAGGCGAUUGGGUUUUUAGACAGGGUGGAGCUUGGGGAAGAAGGAGAUAUGGAGUCUGUUAGGGAUAGAGCAAAAACAUCGGCUUUGUGGCUUUACAGGUUGAUUCAAAAGGGAUACAGUUCCUUAACAGAAGGGGAAGAAGAAGCAGCUAUGAAGAAGAAGGAGAAAAACGGGACUAGUUGGUGCUUGCAACAGGCUUUAACUAGUGAAAAUUCAGAACCAGAAAAUUCAAGUCCUUUGCGAGAAGAAGGAGGAGGAGAAAGUAAGCAAAUAAUAAUAAUAACAAAACCUGGUCAUACAAUACAAACAGUAAUGCAAGGUGGAUUAUGUAGGGACCUUGAGAAUCUGAUAUCUGAAGCUGCUGGAUUUAGCCAUCCCUUUGAAACCUUGAGUUGCUGAUGAAUAAGUGAAACGGUUGUGGUUAAAUUAUGACAGUAUUCUAGUCUACAAACAAGAAAAGAAAGGGGGAUUUUUUUAUUUUUAUCAAUGGUAGAGAAAUUGACUCCGACCUGCAUAAAUAUUACAUAUGAGAUUAUUGUCUAUUUAUUAUUAUAUUGAUUUGUACAUGAAAUUGGGUUUUUUUA